AUGAUUUCCAAAAGUGAACCAAAUUACCGUAUUCUUGGUCGACAAAUACGCAUACGUGAGAAACAUUCAAAUCCAUACUUAUCAACAAAUUCAUAUUCCAAUAUGUUAAUUUAUUCCAAACCAUUAAAUGAACAUAUGAAAGAAAUAAUAACUAAUGAACAUAAUAGACUUCGAAAAAUUAUACCGGCGACCGAUAUGCGAUUAAUGUAUUGGUCAGACGAAUUGGCGAUGAGUGCGCAGCAACACGCGAACAGAUGCGAUUUUCGACAUAGUAACGAUCGAAUAAAUGUUGGUGAGAAUAUUUGGGCAGCACCAUAUUCCAAUUAUACGGAAGCGGUAUCACGAUGGUUUAAUGAAGUAUACAAUUUAAAAUGCGAUUGUAAACAUGCUUAUAAGCAUUGUUGCGGACAUUAUGUUCAGAUAGUUUGGUCUGAAACAAAUUUGGUUGGUUGUGGAUAUGCAAAAUGUCGUGAUAUUUGGGGCGUACAAAAUCGUGGCCAUCAACAUAUUUUUGUAUGUCAUUACAAUCCUCAAGGGAAUACUGUUUAUGUUACAAGAAAUGGUUUCUUUGCUAUGCCAGCAUUUACACGGGCUGGUGAUAGGCCACGAUGCAGUGAUUGUCCAUCAGAUGCAUCAGCUUGCUCACAAGGUCUUUGCUUUACACCAUCGAAGGAAGCUAAUCGCGAUUUGGAUACAAAUAAAAUUGAACAAAAUUAG